GCAGUUGGUGCCGCCAUGUUGGGGCUCGUGGGUCGAACCUCAGCUGCUGCUGCCGUCCCCCUCGCGGCCCCGCUCGGGCUGCUGCGGCCGCGGGCCCCGGCCCCCGCUGCGCUCCGUCGUCUCCUGCCGCGGGCCGCUGCUCUCGGGACCCGGCGUGACUAUGUAACGCAGACAGCCCCAGCAGCCAAGCCUGGGGCCAGCACAGGCCGCAUCGUGGCCGUCAUCGGCGCUGUGGUGGAUGUGCAGUUUGAUGAAGCGCUGCCUCCCAUCCUCAAUGCCCUGGAGGUGCAGGGCAGGGACACCCGGCUGGUGCUGGAGGUGGCGCAGCACCUGGGUGAAAACACAGUUCGCACCAUUGCUAUGGAUGGUACUGAGGGGCUGGUGAGGGGCCAGAAGGUGCUGGACUCAGGCACCCCCAUCCGGAUCCCUGUGGGCCCUGAGACCCUAGGUAGGAUCAUGAAUGUCAUCGGAGAGCCUAUCGACGAGAGAGGCCCCAUCACCACCAAGCAGUCUGCUGCCAUCCAUGCUGAAGCCCCUGAAUUUGUGGAGAUGAGCGUGGAGCAGGAGAUCCUGGUCACAGGCAUCAAGGUUGUGGACCUGCUGGCCCCAUAUGCCAAGGGGGGUAAAAUUGGCUUGUUUGGUGGUGCUGGGGUGGGCAAGACUGUGCUCAUCAUGGAGCUGAUCAACAACGUGGCCAAGGCACACGGAGGCUACUCAGUAUUUGCUGGCGUCGGGGAGCGGACCCGCGAGGGCAACGACCUCUACCACGAGAUGAUUGAGUCCGGCGUCAUCAACCUCAAAGACACCACCUCCAAGGUUGCGCUGGUCUACGGCCAGAUGAACGAGCCCCCAGGUGCCCGCGCCAGAGUGGCUUUGACCGGCUUGACUGUGGCUGAGUACUUCCGGGACCAGGAGGGCCAAGAUGUGCUGCUCUUCAUUGACAACAUCUUCCGCUUCACACAGGCUGGCUCUGAGGUGUCUGCGCUGCUGGGCAGGAUCCCCUCUGCUGUGGGCUAUCAGCCCACCCUGGCCACUGACAUGGGCACAAUGCAAGAGAGAAUCACCACCACCCGCAAGGGCUCCAUCACCUCUGUGCAGGCGAUCUACGUGCCAGCUGAUGAUCUGACUGACCCCGCGCCUGCCACCACCUUUGCCCACUUGGAUGCCACAACCGUGUUGUCUCGUGCCAUCGCAGAGCUGGGCAUCUACCCGGCUGUGGACCCACUGGACUCCACAUCCCGCAUCAUGGACCCCAACAUCGUGGGGCACGAACACUAUGAUGUGGCUCGUGGUGUGCAAAAGAUUCUCCAGGAUUACAAGUCGCUGCAGGACAUCAUUGCCAUCCUGGGCAUGGAUGAGCUGUCAGAGGAGGACAAGCUGACAGUAGCGCGGGCCCGCAAAAUCCAGCGCUUCCUGUCCCAGCCCUUCCAGGUGGCUGAGGUCUUCACCGGCCACCUGGGCAAGCUAGUACCGCUGAAGGAGACCAUCAAGGGCUUCAAGGCAAUCCUUGCAGGCGAGUAUGACCACCUCCCUGAGCAGGCCUUCUAUAUGGUGGGGCCUAUCGAGGAGGCCGUGGCCAAGGCGGAGAAGCUGGCAGAGGAGCACGCAUAACUUCGUCCCAUCCCACCUGAUACCUGCAAAGCCUUGUCAUCAUUGUCUGUGUAGUAUUUAACAUUUCCAAUAAAACUGUGGUGGAAAAUGUGAA